AUGCUAUUCAGUUGCUCUCCACCAAAUGAUGCUAUUCAGUUGCCCUCUCCAUCCCAUCAUGCUAUUCAGCCACCCUCUCCACUCCAUCAUGCUAUUCAGUUGCCCUCUCCAACACAUGAUGCUAUUCAGUUGCCCUCUCCACCACAUGAUGCUUUUCAGUUGCCGUCUCCACUCCAUGAUGCUAUUCAGUUGCCCUCUCCACUCUGUGAUACUAUUCAGUUGCCCUUUCCACCACAUGAUGUUUUUCAGUUGUCCUCUCCACCAUAUGAUGCUAUUAAGUUGCUCUCUCCACCACAUGAUACUAUUCAGUUGCCCAUUCCACCACAUGAUGCUAUUCAGUUGCCCUCUCCACCACAUGAUGCUUUUCAGUUGCCCUCUCCACCCCAUGAAGCUUUUCAGUCGCCCUCUCCACCACAUAAUGCUUUUCAGUCGUCCUCUCCUCUCCAUGGUGCUAUUCAGUUGCCCUCUCCACCACAUGAUGCUAUUCAGUUGCCCUCUCCACCACAUGUUGCUAUUCAGUUGCCCUCUCCACCACAUAAUGCUUUUCAGGCGCCCUCUCCACUCCAUGAUGGUUUUUGA